GGCACCAAUUCGAUACAAUCCAUGCAAAAAACUUGAAUCUUCCCCCGCGUUAAGCUUCAAUCCACGGCCCAAAUUAAGUCUACUUGGCCCAAAAGAAUUUCAACAACUAAUAUUGGACCUCUGGAUAAAACUUCGUGUGAAGCAGAGAUUUCCUGUUAGCGGAAACCAUGGUGGUUAUUCCAACGGUCACCGGAUUAUCAACCGGCGCACGCUUACUAUCGGUCCCGCGCACGUUAGCCACAGCUGCUAAAGCUUUACCUCCUUCUCUUUCCUCACUCUGCUACUUGAAGAAGAGCUGUUAUACUCCGCAACGCCAGAGUACUCUGCCGGCAAGGAAGCUUGUGAUACGAGCUGCAAGAACAGAGUCCAAAGGCGUCUCUCUUGGUUUCAGAGCUCCCCAUUUUGAGCUUACGGAGCCGCUCACUGGUAAAGUUUGGAAGCUUGAUGAUUUUGAACCAUAUCCUGCAUUACUGGUUAUGUUCAUCUGCAACCAUUGUCCAUUUGUCAUACAUUUGAAGAAGGAUAUUGUUAAACUCUCAAAUUUCUACAUGAAGAAAGGGCUUGCGGUGGUAGCAAUAUCUUCAAACUCUGUAGUUACACAUCCACAGGAUGGACCUGAAUUCAUGGCUGAAGAAGCUAAGCUCCUCAAAUAUCCUUUCCCUUAUCUUUAUGAUGAGUCACAAGAAGUGGCAAGAGAUUUUGGGGCUGUUUGUACACCAGAAUUUUUCCUAUUCAAAAAGGAUGGCAGAAGGCCCUUUGAGCUAGUGUAUCAUGGACAAUUUGAUGAUUCAAGGCCAAGUAACAAUGUGCCUGUCACGGGAAGGGACUUGAGCCUAGCACUAGAUUGUGUACUUAGUGGCCAGCCAGUAUCAUCAAUUCAAAAACCCAGUAGCAUUGGUUGCAGUAUAAAAUGGAAUCCAGGGGGGAAGCAGUAAGCAUCAUCUCUCAGUUGUCUAUGAGUUUUUUUCAGCAACAUAUUUAGGUGCAUCAGAUAUCCACAUAGCAGCAGAUGACCGUUGGAGUACUGCCACAUUUGCAUUAUUUUUGCUAUGCCUCUUCUAGCAUUGUGAGUUGAGCUUUGAUCUCAAAGCUAUAAUUAGGAGAACUGAAAUUAUUUGAUAUGCCAAUCACCUCACUUCAUGUAUAUUUUACUUUCUUUGUAUUUCCUUGCAAAGCCCAGCUUUUUACAUUGUAUGCGCUGUCCUUACUUAUAUAAGGGUUUGAAUUACUAAUUUUGUAAGA